CCUAUCACAACUUCCUUAUCCCAACGCCCCCAGAUAUCACAUCAAGUAUCUUGACACUUGCCUCAUCAGAUAUCCCUCAACCAUUAGUCCAAAGUUCUUACCUACACUCAAUAUGUACUGGUAUACCUCGAAGAAAGCCGCCGUCGCUGCUAUUCUAGCUGGCGGCUGCGGUGUCGCUUUCAGCCCAUAUGCAAAUGCAUUGCCUGCAACUUUCCAUCGACGCGCCGUGGGUCAGAGCAUCGCAGACCUCGUGAUUGCAGUGAAAGAUUUCCUGAAAGAUGCCAAUGCAUACGACCCUUCCGUCCCAGACAAGUGCAAAUUGACGCUGAGGACAACCUCGGGCGCCAACUGCGAAUCAUACAUAAAUUGCGAAGAGAACGACCAAAUUGGACAUUCGAUGCCCGGGUGGAACGUGUGCUAUUUGGGUGGGCGCCAGUUCUUCACUGAUCCUGAUCUGGGCGACUUCUCUGUCACUUUCACCAAGGCUGGUGGCGUCGAUGGGAACACACAGGAUGGGCAAGUCCUUCACCACCCAGUUGUCCAACUCGCAGGAUUCAACGACUGGGAGCCCAUUGAUAUCCAAGCUAUCGUCGACGAGCAAGGAGAUAGAGAUGAAGGCAAACUCUGCACGUUCUCACAUGUCACUGGCACCGAACAGCUUCAAUGGGUUUGUGGGUUGCCCAAGAAUGGUGCUCGUUCUGCUUUUGGCAUGUCCAUUAUCGAUGAGGAUGUGGAUAAGGACGGCUACACUCCAGGAUGGUGUGUUGCCAAAGUCAACCAGUACCAGAAGAACGAAUACGGAAACGGAGGCACGUACGCUUUUGACGUGAUCAUCUACGACGCGAGCGGCGACCAGAUUGGCAGUCUCUCAAAGGCCAAUGUGGAUGGCAACGGUGACUUGGCCAUGUACUCCAAAUUGCCUGCCACGCUACUUAUCCACGUCGGUGACACCGAUGAUGAUCCGGUCAGCUUUGCCUACAAUGGCCAGUCGUGGACUUGUGAUGAUACCGAUGGAGGCGACCACGCUUGCACUUUGGGCAAUGGCCAGGAGUACGGAUAUGAAAAUGGUGACCGGGAAGGUUACACGGGCUUCACUUGUUAGACUGUGGUCAAUGGCAUAGAAAUUGUGACGGAAUUUUUCCAUGUUUGCGGGACACUUUGGUAAACAGGAUGCGGGAGUUUGGUUUUAGCAUUGGAAUUGUAAAAUUGGAUCAGGUUUUACGUGUUAUAAGUGCCGUUUCUAAUUGUAGACCACAUAGG